AUGCACCAAGAAGUAGACGGGUCUUCGUCAUCCGGGACUGCCCCGCAUGAUCAGGAAAAUAGCAAUAUUUUCGAAAAUGGAAGCCAGUACACUUCGAAUGUCGUUGUUCUUCGAUGUACUCCCUUGCUGCGAUCUUGGAUGACCACCAUUCGGGAUGCUCGAACAGACGGGCAUACCUUUCACAAAGCCGUGGAACAGGUAUCUAGAAUGAUAUUAUUUGAAGCGUUGAAUCUCGUACCGUCAGAACUAAUCUCAGUCACGACUCCAACCGGAGCUACCUAUGCCGGGACAAGACCUACGAAGGGUGUCUGCGGUGUGAGUAUACUGCGUGCAGGAGCUAGUUUGGAACAGGCCCUGAGAGAUUGCUGGAACGGUUCCUUAAACUUCGGCAAGAUCCUCAUCCAGCGUGACGAAGAAACCGCGCUUCCUACGCAUAUGUAUUCGAAAUUUCCCAACGAUAUAAGGGAGAGAAUGAUCCUACUCCUCGAACCGAUGCUCGCCACCGGAGGCUCGGCAUGCAAAGCCAUCAGUAUUAUCAAAGAACAAGGCGUCCCCGAAUCAAACAUUAUUUUUGUCAAUGUUAUCGCAUCAACGCAUGGGUUAGGGGUCAUUGGGAAGCAAUUCCCUGACGUCACAGUCGUCACAGCUGCUGUCGAUAGCGAUUUGGAUGAGAAGAAACGCAUCGUUCCCGGUUUAGGAGACUUUGGUGAUCGGUUCUAUGGGACAUGA